AUGCGUUCCAUUUCUAUAGUUUGUGCCAUAUUGGCAGCGCCGUCUGUCUUUGGCCUCGCAAUUCGCCAGUCAGGCACUGGAACCAAGAGCUGCGAUACUGAGCCACUCGCUCGGACUACUUGGAUUAACCUCGGCAUCGAUAAGUUUCUGAAAGACUGGACUCCCAACGUCACAGUUACGCCUACCAACAACGUUCAGGCUCUGGCUGAUUCUUUCGGUGCACCUAACUUCUUCUGGUAUGCCCUGUUAGCCAUCCAGAACUGGAACAACUAUAUGAACUCUUUGAACACUGCCAUCAGCUUCUCCAGCAGCAUCAUCGGUCUCAAAUUGCCUGAAAUUGUUUCGGACUUAUACCCUGACCCCAAAGAUAAUGUCACGCCACUGCAAAUUGUUAUUCGAGCAAUUACUUCCACCAUGGGUGUUGUUCCUCUCUCUGAAGGUAUCAAUAUUGCCAAAGACGCAUUUACCGGUUCUGUUAACUAUGUGCUCACUAUCGUCAAGCCUCCUACGACAGAUAAGUUUCUACAGUGGAGCAAUGUGGCUUCUUCUCUGAGCGGUGUUAUCCAGGACUAUCAAGCCGCCCUCUCCGACUCCUUUAAGAAGGUCAUUGAUACUCCGGUUAGCGAUGCUGGUGGGAUAUAUGAUCAGCUUCAUGGUGGCAGCUUUCUUGGAAUCAGUCAGAACUUUACCCAGAAUGACGUUCAGAAGCAGAUGAUUGACUCAUUCACAAUCUAUUCAAUUGGACUUGCCCUGCAGGCUCAGAAGAUAUUUGUUCUUCGUAUGACUGACAUUCAGAGAAAGCACGAUGAUACUUCUGCUAGCUUUGCUGUUGAUGCGGGCGACGGCACCUUUACUGAGUACUCCCUGAUGCAAGCUGGCGGCAAUGACAACGCAAUUGUCAUGCUUGACAUUGGAGACAAGCUUUCCAACAAGUACUCCCUCCCCAAGGACCGCUGGCUGACCGAUGUUAUUAAGUGUUGGGAAGGAAACGAAAAAAAGCAGUUGGCUGAUGACUUUGGGGACUUCUUGCCUCUUGACCCAGCUACUCCAUGUCUGUUGAACAUGAAUGUAUGUGACCUUCGGGCAGUAGAAUGGGCAAGCAAAGGUAUUAUUGAGAGAUGUCGGGAUGCAGGUGUUGAUAUUUAA